ACGGACAUUUGUCACCAGUAGCUUCACCAUCCUCCCACAAACACCAAGCUGGUUCUGUCUGUGCUUCACAACAAUGGGGCAGUAAUGUCAGCGACGGAAGACACCGGAGCAUCUUUUCAAAGGCACUGAAGCGGUGUAUGGAUUUAAUGAUGAUGAAAAAGAAGAAAUUCAAGUUCAAGGUGGAUUUUGACCUGGAUGAGCUGUCGUCGGUCCCCUUUGUCAACGGUGUCCUCUUCUGUAAAGUCAGGCUGUUGGACGGCGGCUUCUCCGAGGAGUCUUCUCGGGAACCUGUGCAGGCAAACUGUGUCAGAUGGAAGAAACGGUUCUCUUUCCCGUGCAAGAUGAGCGCCAAUGCAGGCACAGGUGUUCUGGACCCCUGUGUGUGUCGUGUGUCUGUCAGAAAGGAGCUGAAGGGUGGAAAGGCAUACGCAAAGCUUGGUUUUGCAGAUCUCAAUUUAGCAGAGUUUGCCGGCUCAGGGAAUACAACCCGCAGAUGUCUGCUGGAAGGCUACGAUACCAAAAAUACUCGUCAAGAUAACUCCAUUCUCAAGGUUAUCAUCAGUACACAGCUCAUGUCGGGGGAUCCCUGUUUUAAAACGCCUCCCUGCACAGCCACAAUGAUCGCGAUCCAAGGUGAUACAGAGAGCCUCCUGGAAGAGAGGAAGGGAGGGGAUUCACAGAAAGGCUGUUCUGCAGAGAAUCGGGAAGGGAAGUGCCCUGUUGUGUCAGAUGACCCUGGUGGCUGCUGCCACUCCCGAACUUCCAGCUACGCCAGCCAACAGUCAAAACUCUCAGGCUAUAGCACCGGUCACUCCCGCUCCUCCAGCAUGUCAGAGUUCAGCCACCGGAGAAACCAUUCAGUAGGCAGCGCUUCAACGGGUAUUGGUAGCAUCCCAGAGCCCAGUGAAGACCGAGAAUCCAGAACCUGUCCAGCUUUGCCUGAGCACCCAACCUCCUCAGCAGCUUCCGGCAAUGCUCCGGGCACACCAGUGCGGAGUGCAUCCUCCUGUGAACGGCUCAACAGACACCCAGUGAAACAGGACUCCAUGGAGUCUCAGCUGAAGAGAAUGGACGACACUCGGGUGGAUGCUGACGAUGUUGUGGAAAAGAUUCUCCAGAGUCAGGACUUUACACCCAGCCUACUGGACUCAAGUGCUGAGGAGGAAGGCCUGCGUCUGUUUGUUGGACCCGGGGGAAGUACAGCGCUUGGAAGUCACCACCUUCCCACCAGGGUUGGUGGUGGAGCGUACGAGCAGGUGGUGAUUAAGCGUUAGACGUGCAGCAUCUCUGAUUACGCCUGAAACAACUGGAAAUGAGACAGUUUCCAUUUCAACCUUCAUUCCUACUCGAUCAGCAUGUGUCUAAGCUGAUCACUCAGUGAUCCGUCGACAUUACACCAGUGCCCUUCCUGUGUUCAUAUCGGUUAAGAUAUCAUUAGGAGAAAGAAGUGGACAGGUUUUAUCUCAAAGAAUCAAUGAAAAGGGAAACACAGUGACCAGAUUGUUCUAAAACACUUGUGCAUGUAAAUUCUGGCUCCCUGCUAUCCAAACUCCAAACAUCCAAAGUCAAACCAACUGAAACUUUUAUGAAGUGAAAAAUCUAACUUUCCUCUCCAGACGGCACAAGGAUGGGAAGAUCAGAACGGACUGAAAACACAUCACAUCCUAUCAGGACAUUCCUUUGGUGUUUGUUUUGGACUUCCUUUAUCAAAUAGGAUUUAAUCUCUGCUGAUAAGCUGCUCAAAAAGUAGUCGUUGGCACUCCGGUGAGAAUAUUUUACUAUGAAGAAUUGAGCUAUUUGAUGUAUGAAUGCGAAUGUGUGUGAGUAUGUGGUUAUUCCUUUGUUGUGCUGGUACACCGGCCACUUUUAUUAGCAGUAACAGUAACGCUGUGAUCUCAGAUCAGUGAAGGGACACAAUCUCUUGUGAGGAAUGCCACAUUGGUACCCACACAGAGAAAAUGGGAGAAAAGAGGACAAUUUCCCCUAAUGUAAUCACAGAGGCCCCUGUUGUCUAAAUGCAGAGCUGUCAAAAAUAUUUAGUCAAUGGUGAUUUGGCUAUUUAAUAUUUGUUUUCCUAUAUAAACACUGUAGAGAAUUAAGACUGUGCUUUUUAACAACUUUAACCAUGUUACAAUUAGGAGCUGGAAACUAAACCAAAAAUCACAGCAUCAUCAAUACUACAGCUAAAUAGAAGCUGAAGCAAAAGAGCAUCAAGAAAACCCCUGAAGUGAAGCUAAAACUAAAUUAAAAUCUGAUCAUUUCUAAUUGGCAUCCUCAUUCUCUAGUUUCUUCCUCUGUAUAACAAAAUAAAACUAAAUAGUUUUUAGGGUGGAGAACUAAUGGAAACUGGCUACAAGCAACAAUUGCAAACUUAAUUUCACGCAGUUGUUUUUUUUUAAGUGUCUCCACACAAAAAUAAAGUGAGUCAUAUCUUCAGUAUCGUCAAGAAAAUAUCAAACUUAUCUAUGUUUUUCUGGAUCCAGGUGUAUUAAUCAAAACAGUGUGGCAGAAAUAUGUAGUCCCAGACUGCCCUCUUAUCUUGUUACUGCUCUUUGCAUUUACAUGGCAGUGAAUGCGAAAAAUAACAGUGGCCUCUGAUGAAUACUGACAUGGAAGGGUAUAUAUAUAUAUAUUAAAAUAUUCACUGUUGCAGAUGUAUAUCUAUUUGUAGCUUUAUCACUAUGAACUGUCUUGUGGAUCAGGAUGCUUGCACAAGAAAGAUCCUGUGACGCAUUAACUGUUUGACUCGUGCAGCUGUUGUACACUGUUUUUUUUUUUUUUCUUUCAUUUUAAAAUAUAGGACAGAAAACUAGUUAAGUAAUUCACUGCCAUGAAGGAAAUCCUCAAUAGCACCUGUACUUCAAAGAAAAGACCCAGAGUAUUACAGUAAUUUUGUGUAACGUGUAUCUGCUAGCUUCAUAUCAGAAGACAGUCUUGAGCACUCAGAUGCACCAGAGUUUUAAAAUCGUUAGUGCCAUGCAUGUAGACUUUCCAUCUCUAGCCUCUUAGGAGAGUGAGUGCAGUUUAGUCGAACACGUUAGCCAAAGUACACAACAACCGUUAUUACCUGGGAGCCUGUAGGUCUAUGCACAUUGAGUAUUAGACACAUUAUAAUCAGUGACAACAGACUGUACAGCAUCUAAUCUUCUGUCUCCUGUCGUAAGCCAUAGUAGAAGUAGGAUCAAUGCCUCUUCUAGAUUAACUCUUAUACAUCUUGUAUCAAUAUCUGCACAAAGUGUCAUCAGUAUAUGGUGUUUUAACUAUACGUCAGUGUUCUGUCUUUACGUUCCCGUGCUCUGCAUGACUAUGGUGUCGUUUUUAGCUGUGACAAGCUUUGCAGAGGCUGACACAUUGUAAUGUUUUCUCCUCAUUUGAGCUGUACCAUCUUCUAAUCCAUUUCCACGCUGAAGGAGGAAUGUUGCUUGCCAUUUACUACAUAGGACUUAAUUUCGUUUGUUCGAAGAGGAGAUGUCUGCAUAAGCACCAGUGUAUAUGAUAUAAAUGUAAAUCAGUGUUAUUUCGGUUUGAUGUUGAUCACAUGUAAUGAACACGGCUGUUUUUGAAUCUUUCAUUGCUGAUAUCGUGCCAUAUUUUUGUUAAGAUUUUUGUUUCUAAAAGUCUUUCACUACAUAUGACUGUUAUGUGUAUGAUUUAUGGUGACCGGUUCUUUUGUUUUGUAAAAUAGAAAUCCCUUGUUUUACCUGUGUAAAACAGGUAUGUUCAUCUCGGUACCUAACAUGUUGUUACAAACAUGGUUGCUUCUUCUCUUCUGUGAAGCUGUUGUCUACAAAACUAAGAUGUAUUCUUCUGUAUAGUGAUGUUCUGACACUGUCCAGUGUGUUCCCUGUUAAAGACUUGUUCUUUUGACCAACAUUUGCUUCUUUAACAAGUGUACUGGAUGCUUAAAAUGUCUACAGUAGAAUAAAACGAUUUAAAUGUU